GCCGCGGUCCGCGCCUCCCCCAGUCCCCAUGGUUACAGCUCCUGCUUCCCGGCCGGUCCUUCAUUCCCCUGGCUGCUGCUGCAGAAAUCAGGCGCGCAGGCGGCUGGCGUCCCCCAACCCAGAGCUGGAAACUGCCUGCAGAGAGCGCAUUGGACGCCUGCUCUUCCUCGGCUCUGACUCACUCCCUCCGGGUGCAGAGCUCUGUCCCCAGCGCAGUGCUCUGACCACAGCCAGUCGCCAGGCUGCAGCCCUGCAAUCUGUUGAUAACUCCACUCACAAGCUCCAGUCGAAUGCCUUCCGUCAUAGAAAGCUCUUCCCUAGCACGAGGGACAUGCCACAUCUCGCCUAUGAGAAGCGUGAGACCUGUGCCUCUCCUGCUGCCUUUACCAAAAUAGGUGGGUCAGCCUGCAGAUCCUCACCCAUUCUGUCACAGUCACUCUGAGGUCGCCUUCUCGGGAGCCCCACAGGGACUGCUGUUUGGGACUUGACCUUCCAAAUGGCCAUGGAGGCUAGAGGGGAGAAGGGCGCAACAUAGUGGUCGCUGCCAGCAACCCCACCGGUGCGCUUGCCUCUAACUCUGCAGGGCUCAUGGUCUAAAUGACUAGAAACGUCUCAGAGCUACCUUCCUAUCAGGUAGAGCUAUUACCAUCUACUCAACAUUCCCCUUAAACGAUCCACACCAAGAAAGGAACCACCAGCCUAGAAGGAAGUCCCCAUAGUACUCUUCAAAAUGCCUUUCUUCAUGAUUUCACCACCCCAUGUAUCCCCUCUAAAAAGAAAAUCACAGCGGACUCCGUUCAAGGAACAUCCAGUUGGUGUUUUGAGCAAAUGAGUGACUUACCUUCUGCUUUUCCCAUGGAAGGCUGAUCGAUCAAUAAAGCCCAGUUAUCACUGAAAAGACAGGCCAGGAAAUGCAUCAGGCUCUAGCGAAACCAGUCUGGGCUGGCACAGAACCAGAAAAGAAAACAGAACCAAGAAGAACAAGACAAGUAACCAAGCCAAGCGUGGUGACUCACAUGGGUGAUGCCAGCACUUAUGCAGCUAAGGCAGCUACGGCAUGAGACCCCAUCACAAAACAAACUAAAACCAAACCACAGACGCAGAUGAGGAAGACUACCCCGGAAAACUAAGUAGGAAGAAGAACCGAGGCUGAAGAGAUGACCCAAUGGGAUUUGAAGACUGUCCUCUCCCUGCCCCAGUACCCAGGGGAGUUUCUGCACCCCGUGGUGUAUGCCUGCACUGCAGUCAUGCUCCUGUGCCUCCUUGCCUCCGUCAUCACCUACAUCCUGCAUCAGAGUGCCAUCCGGAUCAGCCGGAAAGGCCGGCACGCACUCCUCAACUUCUGCUUCCACGCAGCUCUGACCUUCACCGUGUUUGCUGGCGGCAUCAAUCGUACCAAGCACCCCAUCCUAUGCCAAGCGGUGGGCAUUGUACUGCACUAUUCUACGCUUUCUACCAUGCUGUGGAUCGGAGUGACUGCCAGGAACAUCUACAAACAGGUGACCAAGAAGGCCCCGCCAUGCCCAGGUGCAGACCAGCCACCGUACCCCAAGCAGCCCUUGCUCAGGUUCUACCUCAUCAGUGGAGGGGUCCCUUUCAUCAUCUGUGGGGUCACAGCUGCCACAAACAUCAGAAAUUAUGGGACCGAGGAUGAAGACAUAGCAUACUGCUGGAUGGCCUGGGAACCCAGCUUGGGUGCGUUCUAUGGGCCAGCUGCCUUCAUUGCCCUGGUCACCUGUGUAUACUUCCUCUGCACCUACGUGCAACUGCGGCGUCACCCAGAGCGCAGGUAUGAGCUCAGAGAGCGCACUGAGGAGCAGCAGCGGCUGGCAGUGCCAGAGAGUGGGCAUCGCCAUGGGAUGCAUCCCGGCACACCACCCACCUGUGACGCCCUGGCUGCCUCACAGCUGCAGAACGAGCAUUCCUUCAAGGCCCAGCUGCGUGCCGCCGCCUUCACAUUGUUCCUGUUCACAGCCACAUGGACGUUUGGGGCCCUGGCUGUGUCUCAGGGCCACUUCCUGGACAUGAUCUUCAGCUGUCUGUACGGCGCCUUCUGUGUGACGCUGGGACUCUUUGUACUUAUCCACCACUGCGCCAAGAGGGAGGAUGUGUGGCAGUGCUGGUGGUCAUGCUGCCCCUCACAGGGAGAUACCUCUGCCACCAAGCCUAGUGCCCACCCGACGCUCGAUGCCAAUGGGGAUGCACUGGGGCAUACAGCCUGCCUGCAGGACUCACCAUGCCCUGGAAAACUCAGAGGCUUUGGCCAUCCACCAGCCAGCCACUGUAAAAUGACAAACCUGCAGGCUGCCCAGGGCCAUGUCAGCUGUCUGUCCCCUGCCACCCCUUGCUGUGCCAAGAUGCAUUGUGAGCAACUAAUGGAGGAGGAGGCCCACAUGCACAUGUCUGAGGAGGACACCUUCCCUCACGAUCACCACCUGCACGAUCCUCAUCUGCACAGGUGCCUCAAGGGCAGAACUAAGCCCCACUACUUCAGCCGGCACCAGGCAGCCGCAGCUGAGAGGGAGUAUACCUACCACAUCCCCUCCAGCCUGGAUGGCAGCCCCCACAGCUCACGCACAGACAGCCCUCCCAGCUCUCUUGAGGGCCCAGUGGGGGUGCAUACAUUGGCCUGCUGUGCCCAGGUCGAUCCCUUCCCCCUGGUUAGCCAGCCUGAGGGUGGAGACACAAGCCCUGGGCUCUAUGGCUGUCCUCCACGGCUGUCCCCAGGUCCUGCCCACUUGGAGAUGUUACGAAGGACACAGUCCCUGCCUUUUGGGAGUCCCAGCCAGAAUGGGCUGCUCCAGGGUGAUGUUCGAGAAGGCCUACCAUUUGGCACUGAUGGGACAGGGAACAUCCGAACAGGACCCUGGAAAAAUGAAACUACAGUGUAGCCAGGUUGGGAACACCACUCCCUCACCAGGGCCACCAUAUGUCCCCGGAGGAGCUUCAUCAGAGCAGAGAGUGGCACUCUGCUGUGUGAAGUUAAUGGGCUGGGAGGGUCAUCAAAUGACCAAGUGGUUUAGAAAUGGUUCACGCCCCUCAGCCAUGAUCUCUUUUAUUGUGAAAGACCCAUCAGGAGAACACCUGGUCACUGACACUUCCACUGGUUCCAAGGCUGGAGGUAACUCCCCCUAAGCUUGUCACCUGCUUUCUGUUUAUAACAUCUUCCCUUGCUGCUGGGAGGGGAGCUGGGGGACCUCCGCAAAGACUCCAGCGGGUGUUCCUGCCUUUGGUAUAUGUGUGUUAGGUUUUAUGCUCACACUGGGCAGUUUCCUGUCCCCUGCUUCCUUGUGUUACCUCACACCUGCAUCUUCACUGGGGCCCACCUGGCACCACUGCCUGCUCACCACCUGCGCCCAUAUGGGACAUGGCCCUGGCCUGAUAGCCUGAGGGCAUCUUGGGUGCUAAGAAUGGGCCUGCUGUGGAGCUAUGGGGAGAAGAAGCAGCCAGUGGCUGUGGUCUUCAGAGAGCUGGCUACAGUCUCUCUGAGCCUAUGCUUCUGAAAAGAUGCCCCAAUACUUUUCGAUGGAGACCUGGCUUUGAAAGUCAGCCAUUGUCAGACUGGAUUCUGUUCCAAUGUGAGUAUGUAGUAAUCAAGUUCUCUGUCCCACAAAGAGGGGUUAACUGGGGUGUGAUGGUCAUCACAGAUGAAAGUUUCUUUUCCUUUUUUUGUCAUGUUCAUGAACAUUUGGGUACAAAGCCCCACUUCAAAGAAUAGAUGUCAACAAUGAGCCUUUUGUAGAAGCAAAUGUCUUGACCUAGGGAAGGUCCUCACAGAGGUGAGAGCCCAUGUGUCCAGAGAUGCCAACCUAUGAGGCUGUCCACCUGUCCUCUUUCUCUUCCCAAUUGGUGGUUCAUAUGCAUACACAUACACACACACACACACACACACACACACACACACACACACCAUAACACCACGUAUUCAUACACAUGGGAUGUACACUUCAUAUGUGUAAACACACACGCUUAUACACAUUUACAAAUUACACCAUGCACACCACAGACAUGUGCAUCCACACACCUGCUCACCACAUACAUGCAUGUGCACAUGCCUGCACACCACCACACAUGCCUACAUACUGCAAUGCCCACGUUUAGACAUAUUGGUGUUUACAUGCACCCACAAAUAAUUAGCGCAUUCACAGCCCUGCGCACUGGGUUCCUUGAUAUAUGUGAAUGAGUCUCUGUGACUUGCUUCACAGAGCAUAGCCUUGCUGAUAACGAAACAGGGCAUUGGAGGCAGCACAUUCUGCAGCCUGUGGUGGGCAGUGCCAUCUAGAGGCAGACAGACACUCAGUAUCUGAGUAAGGAGACUGGCAAGCAGAUCUGACAUUUACAAGCUCCUCUGUGAUGAUGCCCCUUAAAGCAGCAUUCUGCACCCAUCCUCCGGGUGAGCAGCCAGGGACCACCAGGCUGUUUCAGCUCCUCUUACUACCAGACUCUUGGCCUGCUUGCGUAGCUGAUGUGUGCAGAACCCACCAUGCUGUGUGUGUACUGUAGAUUCAGACCAUCCAGAGGAAAAUACAGUGUUUCACAUUGUUUGUCCUUGGUCAGGCUGCUCAAUA